AAACAGUUUGCAAGGGGUAGUUAAAGAAGAUUAAGCCGAAACAAAAUAUCGUUUUUAGCUACUUUAAAUUGACCUCUCAAGGUUCCAGUUUUGAUUACUGGGCAUACAAAUCUUCAUUUCAGACCAUGGUCACAAAAUAAAAAUUGUACAAGGACGUUUUCGAGAAGAUUUUAAGCUGUAUGUGUCGAUUGUUGGUGUUCAGGAAUUAGCAAGCUAGUUAGCACUAGCCUAGAAAUAUUAGCUAGCUAACUAGCCUAGCUUGCUAACGUUAGCUUCAAGUAGUCUGAUUUUCAACUGAGAUGUUUGCAGUAUUUCUUGGAUGUCUACGGACGGCAGAUUGCUGAACCAGAGGGCCUCAAAUGGGAAAAACAAGCAUCGGACAGGAAUAUCGGGGAUAAGCUUGUCGACGUAACUCAGAUUCUGUUGAAGGAUUCUUUGGAUUUCCCUACUGCAGCCCUUUUUAAAGCAGGAUUUUAACGUCACCCAUCCGCAGACAGCCAUGGAAUCGUCUCAAUGCACCCCUUGUCCUGUGAGCGCCCAGGCUGUCGUGGAUCCCGUGCCCCUGCUGUUCAACUGACGGUCGAUGACGAUGCGAUGGAAGCGUGAAUGAGGUUUGGCGUGGCGAUAGCUGAACGAUGCCCAAGGGUGGGGGUUCAAAAACCCCCCAGCUGGAAGACUUCCCACUCAACACUGACAUGGUGGAGAAGCAGAGUGGGAAGAAGGAUAAAGUAUUGUCAAACAAGACUCCUAAAUUGGACCGCAGCGAUGGCGUCAAAGAGAUGAAAGAGAAGGCAUCCAAGAGGAAGCUUCCCUUCACUGUUGGAGCCAAUGGAGACCAGAAAGAUUCUGACUCAGAAAAGCAAGGUCCGGAACGGAAGCGCAUUAAAAAGGAGCCCACCAACACCAGGAAGUCAGGCCUGCCGUUUGGGAUGGGCAUGCCAGGGAUCCGGGCCGGGUACCCCCUCUCUGAGCGGCAGCAGGUGGCUCUUCUCAUGCAGAUGACGGCUGAAGAGUCAGUCAACAGUCCAGACACAACACCAAAGCAUCAGUCACAGUCAAGUCUGGGCCAGAAGGGAACGCCAAACUCUGCAUCUAAAACCAAAGACAAAGUAAACAAGAGAAAUGAGAGGGGCGAGACGAGGCUGCACCGGUCAGCCAUCCGCGGAGAGGCACGCCGCAUCAAGGAGCUCAUCAGUGAGGGAGCUGACGUGAAUGUAAAAGACUUUGCAGGCUGGACUGCACUGCAUGAAGCGUGCAACCGAGGCUACUACGACGUGGCCAAGCAGCUGCUGGCAGCCGGUGCAGAGGUCAACACCAAGGGCCUGGACGAUGACACCCCUCUGCAUGACGCAUCAAACAACGGGCACUUCAAGGUGGUAAAGUUGCUUUUAAGGUAUGGAGGGGACCCUCGACAAAGCAACAGAAGGGGUGAAACCGCGUUGAAGGUUGCUAACUCCCCAACGAUGCUCAAUCUGUUGCUUGGAAAAGGCACGUAUACCUCCAGUGAGGAGAGCUCGUCAGAAUCCUCAGAGGAAGAAGAUGCCCCAUCGUUUGCCCCAUCCAGUUCUGUUGAUGGCAAUAACACAGACUCAGAGUUUGAGAAGGGCCUGAAGCUGAAAGGGAAGAAAGGGCUGGAUCAGCCCCUAUCCACAACAACUACCCCCGUCAAGGACGAGUAUGAGUUUGACGAGGAUGAUGAGGAAGAGCGCGUCCCUCCGGUGGACGAUAAGCACUUGCUCAAGAAAGAGUUCCGCAAGGAGUCUCCCAGUGUCACUAAGGCUAGCGGCUUAAUUUCAGUACCCAAGGGGGAGGUGGUCAAAACCUAUUCCAAAAGCAACUCGCUCACACCAAAGAAGGCUGUUAGACGGAUUCUCUCUGACAGCUCAGACGAGGAUGAUGGGACGUUGUGUUUCACACCUAUGCCCACACCACGGCAACCAGCGCCACCUACUAAUACCAAGGCCCGGGACUCUGCUACAGUGAGCUCUAAACAGCAGAAAGAGAAGACUAAAGUUAAGAAGAAGAGGAAGAAGGAGACAAAGAAUAAUGUCAGUAAGGAGGUCAGAUUUGGUAAAGUCAAUGACAAAUUCUGCACUUCUGACUCUGAUUGUGGGGACAUAGGGAGUGAGGAUGAUGAAGGCUCUAUGAAGAGCUCGAACUGUAUAAAGGACUCCACAAUGAGCCUAAAAGAAUCCUCUGCGUUCAGUACUCACUCUGCGUCCUCUUCCUCCUCUUCUCAUGGAAGCAUGAGCUCUCAGAAACUGACACCCUCGCUGACAGAGCAUAACCCAAAGCAGUGGAGGACAGACGGCUGGAAGACUGUAUCAUCUCCUGUAUGGUCAGAUGUAAGCUCUCUCUCUGACUCGGUUAGAACAAGGCUUUCCAGUGAGUCGGACUACUCUUCUGCCGACUCAAGUGUCGAGUCAGUGAAACAGGUGAGAAAGAAAGCACAGGAAAACAGAAAGAAAAACAAUGUGCACACCAAUGCACUAGACAAAAAGAACUCUGACUUUCACAAGAACUCCAACACAGAUAGUACGGUCUCCAAAACAGAUAAAGAUGGCAAAGUGUUGAAAAAGCAUAAAGUAAAACACAAGCACAAAAACAAAGAGAAAGAAAAGGCUCCCAGUUUAGUGCUCAAUCAAGACAUGAACGAGAAAUUUGUUAAAAGCUUUUCAUUUGAUUUUGAUGAUUCAAGGCAAAAGUCACUCCUUGUUGACACUGAGUCCCCAGCUGAAAGCAAGGUCAAGCUGUCUAAACAUGAAAAAGAGCAUUUGAAAAAGGAGGACAGGUUGUCGAAGGGCAAAUCUGAGGACAGAGACUGGUCUUCUGGAAAAGAGGUGCAAAGAACUGCUAAAGAGGAGAAAUCCAAGAAAACAAAAGAGUCCACCAAGGAGAAGCCUAGCAAGGAGGAGAGGGAAAAGCCCCUGAAAACUGAAAAAGAAAGGAGCCUCAAGGAAAAAGAGAAGCCCAAGGAGGAGAAACAACAAAAGACUCAUAAAGAGGAGAAGAAGAAAAAGUCAAAGGACAAGUCAUCUAAACCAGACAGGAAGAGCAGUGAGCAAAAAGAAGAAAAACAUAUAAAGGUGGAUAAGGAGAAAAAUGCCAGGGAGGAGAAGGAAAAAUCUAAGAAAGAAAAGGUUCAGAAGGAAGAGCCUGAUUAUGAAGUCUAUGAUGUCGGUAACCGUUUCUUAAACCUAGAAGACACCAAGCUCAGUGCCUCAGACGACCACCAUGACCGAUGGGCGUCAGACCUUUCCUCUGACUGCGACCUAUAUGGAGAUGACAGCUGGGAUGCUCCUCCUGUGAAGGACUACAAAGAAUAUAAAGCAAACAACACUGUAAAGCUGAUCGUUGAGACUGAGAAAAUAGAGAGCAGAGACCGGAGGAAGGAGAACAAAAUCAAAGACAAGAAAUUAGAUCAUAAUGACAAACGGUCAGAGAAAGAGCCUACCUCCAAGAAGAAAGAGAAAGACUCUUCAGAAAGAAUCUGUGACAAGAAAAAGGAUUUGACUGAAAAACAGAAACUCAACUCCAGCCACCCUGUAGAAAAGGAGAAGAAGCGAAAGGAAUCUGCAGAUACUGUCAAAGAGAAGAAAGAGAAGGACUCCACGGAUAGCAGUAGAGACCGAAAAGAUUCCUAUGAGUUCACUAAAGAAAGAAAGGACUUGAAAAUCAAACAGGAGUCUAUAAGAGACGAUUAUGGGAAUGAUGCCUCCUUCAAAGAAAUUGAAACUGUCAGCAAACCAUGUGAAAUUAGAGAAAGGAACCACUCUGGAAAAGAGAAGGACAGAAAGGGAGAUGGGGUGGAAAAGAGAGAAAAGACUAAAGCUGACAAACACAAGGAAAAGCCAAAAGACCGAUCUAUAGAACAGGAUAAGGAGAAGCCUGAGAGGACCUCAACUGAGAAGCUUUUGAAGGAAAAAGACACAGAUAGAGGCUCUAAAGACAAGAAGGAGGGAGCUAAGGACAAACACAAAGACACACACAGCAAAGACAAGGAAAGGAAGAUGUCUUCAGAACAAACUAAGGACAAGAAAGAAAAGGCUUCACAGGACAAGCAUGCUGACCGGGAUAAAGAUCUCCUUGAGGUGAAGAAGGAGGAGCGAAAACCUGAGAAAGUUAAACCUGAGAAAACAUGGUACAAGAUAGCAGACAUUUUCACAGAUGAAAGUGAGGAUGAAGAAGACAAUUACAAUGGGGGUGUGGCCAAGUUAAGUGAUUCCCUUGGGUUGUCCGAUUCUCACAGGAAAGACUCCACAUCUGACAGGGAUGAGCUUGAUCACUUCCAAACAGAAAAACCCAGAAAAUAUUCUGCUGAGGCCAAACACACAACAGAAAAACAGAAAGAAAAAGACCACAAGAAAAAAGACAAGACCACAUUUGAUAUGGGGAAAGAGAGGAAGGGUUCCUUAGAGAAACACAACAAAGAUAAGAAAGUAAAGGAUUCUGUUGAUGCGAAACACAAAGAACGCAAAGACAGAAUGUCUGUGGACUCAAACCAAGAGAAGAAAAACAAGCAGAAGCUGUUGGACAAGAGGGAAGCCAGUGAGGAAAAGACCAAGAAUAAAUAUAAAGACAAGCAAGAUCAUGUUAACGAAAGAAAGCCCCCAAAGGGGAGUGGGGAAAAUGAAAAGUCGCUCUUGGAGAAACUGGAGGAAGAGGCCAUGAAUGACUACAAGGAUGACUCCAAUGACAAGAACAGUGAGUUAUCCUCAGACAGCUUCACUGAUCAGGUUCAUGAGCCAGUGCUCAGCAGCUACUAUGAUUCCUCCAACAUCAGCCUCCCAGACAUUACUGAUGAGAGACGAGACUCACUCACCAUAUCUAAUCCUCAAGACAAGUUCAGAGAGAAAGAGAGGCACCGGCAUUCAUCUUCAUCAUCGUCCAAAAAGAGUCAUGACAAGGAGAAGGACAAAGUCAAGAAGGAAAAGGGGGAUAAACAAGACAAGAUAGAGGAAAUAAGAGAAUCCUAUGGACGCAGAGAAAGUCUGCCCUUUGAGAAAGAGCCUAUGCCAUUAGAAGCGGACCCGUACACAUUUCCAUUUGGGUCUAAGGGUGAUAAAGAUGAAUUUGAGAAGACAUUGGAGUUUGAAAAGGAGAUGUCUAAAAAAGCUGACAAAGACAAAGUGAGUACUGUCAUCAGUGAUAAGAUCAAGGACAAAAAGAAAAAAGAGAAACAUAAGGAGAAAGUCAAAGAGGAGAAGCACAAGUACACUGAUGGCUUUGGAUCACUUAAACACUCCAAGGAGGAUAUCAAAUCUGGAUUGAAAGAGAGUCCUCAAAUUACCAAUUUGAAGGAAAGAUCAAAGGAAGACAGUCCCAAAUUUGAUGUGAAAAAAGAGAGAAACCGAGACUCUUUGGACAAAGACAGUAGGGCGGACCAUGUUAAGUCCAAGGUUAAAGAAGAAAAUGAAAAAGUAAUUCAGUCUAAAGACACAGCUCGCAAAGACAACCGUCCACGUUCAAAGCUUCUGGUUGAUGGAGAUCUCAAACUAACCAGCUUUGGGCAAAUGUUAGGUUUAAAAGACCAGGAGAUUGAAGAACGCCAUAAGAAGCAUAAGGAGAGGAUGAAGCAGAUGGAGAAACUAAGACACAGAUCAGGGGAUCCCAAACUUAGGGAUAAAACGAAGUCCACUGAGGAAAUAAAGAAAAAUCGCAAUGAACUAUCAUCCAAAAAAUCUAAUAGUUUAGAAUCUGCAUUGAAAGAGAAGAAGCUCAAAGAUAUUGGUCUCCCAGCCCAAAUGAUGUCUCUGGAAAGAAAGCCACAACCCAUUGACACUCACAAUUCAAAGGAUUGGCUUGCAGGCCAUCAGAUGAAAGAAAAUCUCCCUGCCUCACCUAGGCAAGAUCAGAAUAGACCAACGGGUGUUCCCACCCCCACAUCUGUAAUCUCUUGUCCCAGCUAUGAGGAAAUCAUGCAGACGCCACGGACUCCAUCCUGCAGUGCAGAGGACUACCCUGAUAUAAUGUUUGAUGGGUUAGAUUGUCAGAACUCAUCAGCCAUGGCCAUGUCUAUGAAUGCCUGCUCCCCAUCCUUCUUUGACAGGUACUCCAACUCAUCACACACCUUCCAAGAAGGGACUUGUAUAACUCCGGCUAAGAAUCUCCAGUUGCCCCUUGUCAGUCGAUCGGCUUCGUCUGAUGUUAGAAGACCCCUGGAAGAUGAGUUCAAAGCUGAAGCUGGCAAGUUUCUACAACACAUUUUGCCAGACGCCUCUGAGUUUGACUUGGCAGCCUCCCAGCCUCCAGAAGACAAGGCAGCAUCAGUGGAGAGACUUGAAUGCCUGUCUCCUCCUUACUUCUCACCUAUUAGAAUGCUGUCUCCCGGGCUAGAACUUGCCCAGCCUGCACUAGAUGGGGCCACCACAGCAAUGGCUGGCACAGAGACCUGUGAACACCUACCUGAGAGUGUCUACAAUAACUUCCUGAUGAAGCCCUCAACGCCAGUCCACAGACCUGACCCCCAGGAGCCGUGUCUGGACAUUGCUGCUCCACCCACCCCUGCACCUGCUGCUCUUCCUCCCCUGGAUAUUGAUGACCUUUCUGAGCCUCAUCAAAGUGAGCCCAGUCUUGUUCCCUCUGACCCAGUCAGUGGCAGUGAGUAUCUGCCCCCUGUUGUUGAGGAAGAGGAGGAGGAGGAAGAAGAGGACUACGAAGAGGAGGAGGACGAAGAAGAGGAGGAGGAAGGGGAUCUUGAAGAACCAACAGAUGCUGAUCAUCAUGCUGCUGAGGAGACGAGGGACGUCUGCUCAUUCUCUCCUCCAAGGGUUGAAGAGCCUUUGAGGAAGGGCUGGGCUGAAUCUCCUGAGAGAAGAGUUGCAGAGGUGCAUCAGUUGACUCCCCCACAUCCACCACCCAACCUGGUGGAGAACUCCAGUGAUCAUACCAUCAGCUGGAACUCUGAGAUGAUCUUGAAAUCUCCUCAAAGGACUUAUGGGGAAAUAGAGGCAGCUGUCUCCAAGAUAACCAGCCCCUUCUCGCAUUCAGACAGUGAUUUGCAGCACAUUACUGCCAUACCUGGCCAUCCAUCAGUGACCCCUCCAUAUGCUGCUUACAGGUCUUAUGUACCUGACCCUGACUUUGACGAGCAAAAAGAGGCUGUGGAGGACAUUCCAAUAUCUCCAGCAAGACCUGAAAUGACACCCAUGGAAUUGGAACCAAACUACUUGACAACCCCCUCAUCCUCCACAAGGUUAGAGUCUUUCUUCACAGACUGCAAGCCAAACUUGGAGGAUAAUCACCAGAUGGACUCAGAGCUUUCUUGUGCAGUACAAGACGGCAGACAAAACUCCCAUGGCUUUACUUCUGAGAGCCAUAUGCCUCUAGCAGUAAGCAACGAGCCAGUGGUGCCCUGGACAGACCCGUUCUCAGCUACAGUGGAUGAGCUUGAUGAUCUUGGCCCUUUCUCUCUACCUGACCUCCCUUCUCUCUCCCUCCCGACCUCCCUGCCAGACAAGGAGAUGCCAGAGCUUGACGUCAGAGAUUCAGAGCCAGCCGACUACAAGCCUCCACCUGCUCAUAUAAGGCCUCCUGCGAUUGAAACAAUAGAGGGCGAAGAGCUUAUGGAAGUUGACCUGCCUAUCCUGGCCAAACCCCUGUGCCCUUCCGCGGUCCUACCACUCAAUGAUUCUUUGCAGGAUUUGGUUGUGCCCUCACCAAAACACAAUUUCCAACCAGAAUUUGAGUCUGAGCCUCAGAAUGUCCAUGAAAAUAACUUUGUGAAACCACAGGUCUUUGAAAACAGAGCCACAUAUGAAGAGACUGAUGAGAGUGAUGGAAACAUGAUGUUCUCAGCUGUUAAUAUAAACAAUACUCAGCAUCACAGGCAGAUGUCACUGACCGAGUCUUUAUCAGUUGUAGUUACUCCAUGUAUGGACUCCUUGACAACUGUUAAACCAGAACAAAUUGGGCAGAUAUCAGAUCCCUUUGUUGGGCCAACUUGCAGUCCAGUCCCCUCCGUUCCUCUGCCAGUUGCCGUCACGAUUUCUGGCACAGUCCAUGUUUCGGAGGCUCUUGAGACAACGUCUAAGCUCACAGUCACUCUGACAACGUUGUCAACUGACCUUCCCAAGAAGGUGGAGGAGAUCCCACAGAGGAUGACCAGAAACAGGGCCCAGAUGCUAGCAAAACAGGAGAAUACCACCACCACCACCACCAAAAAGCAGAGUAGUAGAGUAGUAGCAGAGAGUACAACCACCACCACUAUACCUGCUAGCGUGAUACCUCCAUCUGUCCCUACCCCUGUCACCAUGAGCAUGGCUGUAACCACAACCACCCCUAUCCCCACCCCUACCUUUGUCCCCUUUGUUGUUCUGGAGAAAGAAAAGGAACUUGUCACCACCAUCUCCACCACACCAACCAUUACCCCGGCUCCACCGCCGCCGCCUCCUGUAGUGGUCAGCAAAACUAAAGGGCAGCCUGUGGAGGAAGAGGAAUCCCAGACGCAGCAUCCACGCAAGAGGAAAUUCCCGAAACCGCAGGUUCAGCUGGUCAACACAGCCAUGCAGCAGACCAGGGAGAUGAUUCAACAGACGCUGGCUGUCAUUGUCAACGCCAUCAAACUGGAUGACAUAGAACCCUACCACAGUGACCGCUCUAACCCUUACUUCGAAUACCUGCAGAUACGGAAAAAAAUAGAGGAGAAGAGGAAGAUCUUGUGCUACAUCACACCACAGGCCCCUCAGUGCUACGCUGAGUACGUGACCUACACAGGCUCCUACCUGCUGGAUGGCAAGCCUCUCAGCAAGCUGCACAUCCCAGUGAUUGCUCCACCUCCAUCGUUAUCGGAGCCCCUGAAGGAGCUCUUUAGACAGCAGGAGGCAGUGAGGGGGAAGCUGAGACUGCAGCACAGCAUAGAGAGGGAAAAGCUUAUUGUCUCGUGUGAGCAAGAAGUACUGCGGGUCCAUUGCAGAGCGGCAAGGACGAUAGCCAAUCAGGCCGUCCCAUUCAGUGCCUGCACUAUGUUACUGGACUCUGAGGUGUACAACAUGCCAACAGAGAGUCAGGUGCGUCUGUGGGUGGUAAAAAAGGGUGAUGAGAACAAGUCAGUGAGAGAUCGCUUCAACGCUCGCCAGUUCAUUUCCUGGAUCCAGGAUGUGGAUGACAAAUAUGACCGCAUGAAGACGUGUCUGUUAAUGCGGCAGCAGCAUGAGGCAGCUGCCCUGAACGCAGUGCAGAGGAUGGAGUGGCAACUGAAGGUGCAGGAGCUGGACCCUGCUGUACACAAGUCUCUGUGCGUCAACGAGGUCCCCUCCUUCUACGUGCCAAUGGUUGAUGUCAACGAUGACUUUGUGCUGUUGCCCGCGUGACAGAAACAUGCACUCGUUCACAGAGUUAGAGGUCAAAUAUCAUCACUUUUCAAAGAGACAUCAAACAGAACGUAUGGUAAGGGCUAGCCGGUUUGAAGAGGAAUAAAACCUAUAUAUUAUAUAGAAAAAAUUCAAAGAAAAAAAAACUUGCUAAUGAUUCCCUUCCAUGAGAGGAGGAAGCAUCUUUUUACCGGGGAAAAACACAACUUGCACUUUCAUCCCUCAAGUUUUUAUGCUUUUGUUCAGAAUAUAAAAAGCAAAAACGGCGUUGCUUUGAAGCACCCAACACCACCUCCCUUUUAGGUGAUGUUUGGACAGAGAAUAGGGGAGAAAUAUUUUUCUGAAUUUUUUGGUCCCUGUAAAUGAAACCACAAAGGAACGCUGGAGAGGAGCCCUCCCACCGUUCUGGAUCAUCUCCUGGUGGAUGAGAAUGAGGCACUACGGUGGACACAGAGCUCCAGGUGAGCCUUGAGGAGGAGAAAGCAGCACAUGGCCAGAAGGGCAUGCGCGAUGUGGUGGUGCAACAUGUGGCAUCUGCGGGACCUCCAGCCUCUUCCUGUUGAAAGGACAGGAGAGUCUGUGUGGACGCUGUCUCUCUGGUCGGGACCAUAAGGCCACACUCAGUCAGAGAGCAUCAGUCCUCUCUGUCCACAGCCCACCACCACACCCGGUAGAACCAGCAUCCUGCCCCGGAGCAGAGCAGAGUACAGCCAAGGGUCCAUAGUGUGUCAGGGGGUUAAUGCCGGAGGGGCAGAGACGUCAUCUUCCGCCUCAUGGCCUGGGCAGAGGAGUGAGGCAGAGAAUGGGGAUGAACCGGAGCAUCCCCAUCAGAGUCUGGUCACCUGGCUCUGCAUGCAGGAAGAACCAGCCUCUGACACUCUGCCAAGCUAGGUAGAACACACACACACCUGUUCACCUGCAACUAUGACUGCAAAUGGAAAAACAGGACAAAAGAAUAAUACAAGAAUGUUGCGAUUCAAGACUAAACAGAUGGUGGUUUAAAGGAGAAUAUUCUUCUUUUUGUCUGUUUCUUUACUUGGGCAUUUAAUUGUUUCUGAGGAAGUGACUUGAAACACUACAGAGCCAAUAUUAGUUUAAUGGGAAAAAAGAAAACUGAAAAAAAAAUUGUAUUCCGUAAAUGAUGUACAGUUUUUAUAUUCGUUAACCAAUGUAUUCUUGCUGCCUUCUAGAUAAUUUAUUUUGCCACACAUUACUGCACAGUUGUAAAUAACGUAUGUACUGUAACAUCACUCAGUUAAGUGUAAAAAAAUAAAUGAAUAAAAAUUA